AGAGAGGACCAACCAUGGCCUAAUCAAAAAGUGUCUCCCAAUCUCACCCUCUUAUCAAACAUAAAAAAAUCAAGAGGAAGAGCUCACUCUACAUUUGUAGUUCGCAUGAGAGAGAAAAAAAUUGAGAUUUUCCAGACACAAAGAGUCGUGGCACAAACCCAAUAUCCUUAAGAGUAAAAUGAGUACCUUAGAUGUUGCCCGAGCAGAGCUUGCACUUGCAGUAUUGUAUUUGAACAAAGCAGAGGCAAGGGACAAGAUAUGCAGGGCUAUUCAAUAUGGUUCAAAAUUCCUGAGUGAUGGACAGCCUGGGACUGCCCAAAAUGUUGACAAAUCAACUAGUUUAGCAAGGAAAUUAUUCCGUCUUUUCAAGUUUAUCAAUGAUCUGCAUGCUCUUAUUAGCCCAAAUGCCCCAGGAACCCCACUUCCACUCAUCUUGUUGGGAAAGUCAAAAAAUGCAUUACUAUCAACUUACUUGUUUCUGGAUCAAAUCGUCUGGCUUGGAAGGACAGGCAUUUACAAGAACAAAGAACGCACAGAGUUAAUUGCCAGGAUCUCUCUCUUUUGUUAUAUGGGAUCCUCAAUUUGUACCACCUUGGUGGAGAUUGGGGAACUUGGAAGGCUUUCAACAUCGAUGAAAAGGUUGGAAAGGGAACUAAAGAAAACUGAUAAAUAUAAGGAUGAGCAAUAUCGGAGUAAGCUUCAAAAGUCAAACGAGAGAUCUCUAGCCUUGAUUAAGGCAGGCCUGGAUAUAGUGGUUGCUGUUGGAUUGCUUCAAUUGUCGCCCAAGAAAGUCACCCCUCGUGUAACGGGAGCCUUUGGAUUCGUUAGCUCGCUGAUUUCAUGUUAUCAGUUGCUUCCAUCACCGCCAAAGGCCAAAGCGUCCUGAUUAAGGUCCGAUGCUGCUCAAGAAUUUCGGCGAUCAGCAGAAUAAGUAGUUAUUAUGUGCCCACUGGUUAUAAGUGUAGUUUGUCACACAUUAUGUUGGAAUUGCACCUUGUUUAUUGUAUCUCUCAUUUUGGUACAGAACGUUAAUUAAGUAAUUUGUUUUAUGUCUCUUAGAUCUUGUUAUCAACAUUAAAUAAUAAGAGAAUUUAAAUUGCAUGUAGUAAA